AUGGCGAACAAGCGACAGUGCACUGUUGAAAGUAUCCUACGAGGUAAGAUUGAAGAAGCAAAGAAAGGAGUUAAAGAGUUCCCGGAGAAACGUUUCGUCAUCCUGGAGGACCUUCAGCGAAUAUGGCAAACAGGACAUCGAGAUGAAUUUUACACCGACAAGGGCAAGGACUGGUACCGUCCAUUCUUGGAAGAUUGCAUAACGAGCAAGCUUCUCAGGAUCAUGUCGAUCCUGAUCAUGUUGAGGUUCAACAGAUGGGAUAAAUUUGGCGAAAUUUUCUUAGGUCCAGACAUCUACAGAGAGCACGCCGACGAAGAGCUUCCAGAAAACAGGCGAUACCGCCCCAAACGAUGCGACGAUCACCUGCCAUUCAAAAGGGAAGACCUGGUAGACGAAGGCUUCUUAGGAAUGGAAGAUGGUGAACCCUUUUUCAUGCUUCAAGGAAAUUUUUGUCCUCUAGUAAUCGAGGAACGGCACGAACCUUACGAUCUGACUCCUGACGGCGAGCAUUUCGGAUAUCGCCUUCCUUUUCUCCACCGUCCUCCCAAAGAGUUCGCAAGUGGAGCAUCUGCCAAAGUGUUCAAGGAAAUUAUACCACCCAACCAUAUACGGUAUUUUGCAAACUUGAGGCCAAGUACAAACUUCCAGAAUAAGGCAGUGGCUUGCAAAAGAGUACUGAAAGAAGAACGUUUCGACAAAGAGUUAAACAAUCUGAAGGAACUCCGCAGAUGCCUUAGCCAGCACAGCCGGAUCAUGGUGAACAUUGCCACUAUAAUCGAACCUGGCUCGAAGGAACCAAUCUUGCACAUCCUGUAUGACCUGGCGGCAUACGACCUGAACACAUUCUUGACAGUUGAACUGAAAGAAAGGUCUAUAUCUCCACUGCGUCGGCACGAUUCAGCACCCCCAGGACGCAAUGGUUCCGAUCAUUACACUGCUGAAGAUCUGAUUUGGGAAAGUCAUAAUCUUGCCGACGCCCUCGACUUCUUGCAUUACCGUCUUCUUUACGAUGAAGAAGUAAUGUGCGCGCACAAUGAUCUCAAGCCGAACAAUAUCUUGGUGUUCUUUCCAGACAGCAACGACCGAGAUCAAAGAUACCCCGUUGGCUUGUGGAAAAUUGCCGACUUUGGUAUUUCAAGAUUGAAGGAUCGAAAAGAAGGGAAAUACCUAGAUGCGAGACACCGGCGCGAACGUUCAGGCUCAUUCUCCAGAACCACGUCAAAGCGAGAGCCAGGCACUUACACCGCGCCUGAAGUGAAGGGGGAAGGCCUGGAUCAGCCAGAUGCGCGUUACGGUGACAUAUGGUCCUUUGGUUGCAUUCUCUCUGAGAUACUCGCCUUUGCGGUAGGCGGACCAGUUCACGGACCAAAGCUCGUCAACGAACUAGGAAGGGAGCUUUUAGAGAAAUACGAGCACCAACGGUUUUACGACGACAAGAACAAAGUCAAGAGCGAGCUCAUGCCUUGGCUACGAAGUCUUCCCCAAAAAGCCCCUCGUCGGGAAGCAAGAGACACGAAGUGGGUCAACCAGUGUGCUGAUCUCAUCUACAAUAUCCUGAACGCAGAGGAGCCCAAGAAAAGACCAAAAGCAAAGGAAAUCUGUGAUCAGCUACGAGAAAUAAAAAAGGACAUGACAAAAAGAACGAUGAAACAGCCUCAAAAACAAACUCUCAUACCCCUUGACGGUCAAAUAGGAAUGGAAGAACCAGAUGGUGACACUCUCGGCAUGGGGUCCGGAGACACUGAGGAUGGAAACCCGACGAUUGAGUUUUCCUACGCGGACUCUUCGUGUGUUGAGAGUCCCGCAAACGACGACGGGAUCCCAAGAGAGUAA